UCCCUACAAAACUCACAACGAAUUACGAAAACAAACAUUUUCAUUCAAGAUAUACCGGUCAAACUUUGCUUUACAUUGCUUGGUCACUUGUGGGAAAAUAGCUUCUGUUGGUUAGAGUAGUGCGAUCUAAUAUGCAGAACAACCCCCAGGAGCUUUCAUGGCAGGCGAUUCAAGCUAUCGUGGGGGUUAAACUUCCUUCGAACGUGUUACGAUUUGAUGAUAUCGGAUUCCAUUUAGUUAAUAAUACGGUUUCAAGUGCCGAAGAUUCCGAUUCGGAUGUAGAGAUCGUUGAAAAUGAUUGGGAAUCAGAUAACAACGUAUCAUCACGACCAGAGCACUCGGACAACGAAAAAACUUCUCCCGACAGGGAACAAAGCGAAUCGCCUGUUCUACAUCUCGUAGAGCCCGACAAUAACAACUCAGGUAAAGAAUUACUGGACUACAGAGACUACGAGAAAAUGGAUACCAAAGAAGAGUCAGAUAGGGAUCAAAUGACACAGGUUCAGAUAGACGAUGCAGAUAGUUCCAACGGGAAUGUGAUGUCCAUUGAAAACUAUCUUGAAGUCACACUGUCAACCGACUCUGAAGCUAGUCAUGUUUGUAGUCAGUGUAACCAAAUGUUUUCAAACGAACAGUUGCUCGCCGCCCACCAGUGCAGUGCCAAACCCACCGAUGAAAGAAAAUACCCGUGUCGCAUGUGUUCAGAAAAAUUUCCCAGUUACUGGGAUCUUCGGAAGCAUAUGAACAAUCAUUUUCCUGGGAUGUUGGAUUCAAAAUCUAGUUUUUGCCACCUCUGCCAGAAAGACUAUACGAAGACAGGAUUUAUGAACCAUCUCCGUAAACACACUGGAGAGAGGCCUUUUGUAUGUGAACUUUGUCACAAGGCAUUCUCUCAGUCCAGUUCCUUGUCAAUUCACAUGAAAUUCCACCUAAAUGUUCGCAAACAUGCUUGCACAGUGUGUGAGAAGAAGUUUGUUACUAAGAGUGAGUUGUCUCGUCACAUGACUGUUCACACCAAACAAAAAUCCUACUACUGUGGUGUGUGUGACAAAGCUUUCACUCGUUCAGAUAAUAUGAAAAAACAUGAGAAAACACAUGGAUAACUUUUAUAUAAUGUAGGGAAUGUAAUACUAAACAAUGAAUUGCAUCACAGUUCUGUAAAUAAUUUGCGCUUCUAUAAAUAUUGCAUAUUGCAUUUUAGAUGAAAUUUAUGAUUAAUAUACAGUUUAGGUUAUUUAAUUCACGCCAAUAUAGAAUUCUUAAAAUGGUGUGUGAUGCUUUUCAUAUAGUCUUGAUUUCUUUUUCUCUUAUUGCCAAAAAUUUAGAUUUAACUUUGUUUAUACCAAAUCAAAAUACCUAUGAUCUAGUUCAUAAUUUAGUCAUUAUGGUGUGUUAAAAAUGUUUGAGUGUUGACACACUCAUGUGUGCUUGCUUUAGUUGCUUUUUUUAAAUUAAGGAUUUUAUUUAUGCAAUUUUCACUCUGCAUGUUUGGGAUAAUAUAGAUUGUUAGGAAAAUGCCUUUACAGGUGCUCUAUGUUAAGGUUUCACAUAUCUCAAUCCAAAGUUGCCUUUUAAAUAUGAUAAAGUGAUAUUAUAAAAUGAUGAUAUAGGUCAAAUGUCCAAAGAUUCCGAUAGCCUUAUUGUAAUGUUUACAUUAGAUAGGGAAAAGAUAUACUGUAAUAAAACUGAAGUGUUCCACAAAAUUGAUGUCACAAAAUUGUUCACUUGUUCCUGCUUCACUUAAGAGCUUUAAUAUAUUAUAUUUUUGUAUACCUUUUAUGCAAGGUACUAAAUACCAAUUUUAAGGUGUACUUUUGCCAAAUUUUAGAUAAGUAUUUCAAGUGAUUCUAAUUAUACUGUGUUGUAACCAAAGCAAUAACAUAUUUUAAUGUGCCUAUUCUAUACACAUAGACUACAAAUAUACCAAAUAAUUUAGAUAAUAAUGAUGAUAGGAUAUUAGGUGCAUGGUAAUGCCUAUAGGUUUGCCAAACUGAAAAAACAACAUCUGUAGUAUAUUUAACAAACACCUGGGAUGUUUUAGGGGUUUGUAACACAGGUGAUAAAUAUUUGCACUAGUGCAUUAAAACAGAGGCACACAAACUUCUUUCUUGAUGGUCUCGUUAAUAAACAAGGUUGAGAAUAAAUAAUUUCGAUCAAUUAAUUUUAUGCUAGAUGUAGGUUUUGUAUAGUAGAGCAGAGUUUGAAACAUCACAAAUAUUUAAUUCUGCACAUAUUUAUCAAGGAGAUAAGUCUAAUUUUAUAGUUGUUAUAUGCUACACUGUACUGAAAUAUCUCUAAUACAAUCUGAGAUACUUUCAGAUUAUAUAUUAUAAUACUUAUUAUAUACAUAUGUUUAAAUUGGCUAUAAAAACCAAAGGUAAAAUCAUUCAUUUAUUUCAUUUGUGCCACAUUCUUACUUUAAAAAUGGUCUGUAUAUAAAAUCAAAUUAAAUAUUGUCUAGUUAAAAAAAUAGGCAAUAAUAAAUAAUAUUUUAAUAUAUUUAUUGUAUUUAAUAAAUAAUGAUUUAUAUGUUUAACUUGCAUGACUUGUUUGUAGAUAAGUAUUUGAUAUUGAGCCAAAUGAUAAAAUUUAACAAAAAUCUACAAGACUGACAAUAAUAUUCAGAGUAGAUAUUAAAUGAUGCACAAAGGCAACCUAGGUGUACCUUUUAUUUAUUGACAGUGAGUUACAAAUAAAAUUGUAAUAGUUAUCAAAAAUGCACUUUGUUAUUAAUUCAUCAUGACAAUUAGCUUAAGAUCCGUUUGAUUUAUAUAAAGUAUUUUAUGGAAAAUGUAAUAAUAAUUUUCAAUUUUAUUAAAGAGUUGUUUGUUGCAAA